CAGCAAACUAUUGGAAAUUAAAUUAGAAUUGUUUAGGAAUUUUUGUUUAGAGAGUGCAUGAUUUAUUUUCGGUGGUAAUGACUUUCCUAAAUUACGUAUAAUAUUAUUGAAUUAUGGAUAAACUUGUGGGAUAAAGAUUUUCCGAUUCUUCUUCAACUGGUAAACCGAUUGUGAACCUUUUUGUGCGAUUAUUAUUCCUUGUACUAAAGCGUAUGAACUACGCGAAUCUAUCUACAAGAUUAUUGUAUUUUUAAAAAUAAAAUCUAAGACGAAGUAUGUGUCUGAGAUAACACAAAGUACCGAUAGCUGAUAUUUUUUAAAUUGACUUUUGUAUUGUUAUAGUAUUGUAUGAUACAGAUUACUGAUAAUCGUAAAUAUCAGUGCGGUGAUAUUUGGAAAAUUAUAACGUUUAAUUCGUACAGAAAUACUACAACUCUCUUUGAACUCAAUAGCGGAAAUGGAACAAACGAAGGAUACCUAUCUACGACAUUUGUUUGAUGGCGACCCGAUAUUUAAUGUUUAUAAAAAAGAAGUCACUAACCUCUCAGUGGGUGCACCAGGUCCUGAUGUACUCAAGCAAUGUGGACUCAUGAUGAUGAGGGCGACGCAGCACAGAUUGGAAGAGGAAGAGCAAGAAGGAAACUAUUACCUGUUUCAAUAUGGCAUCACUUCAGGUCUUUGGGAGUGUCGCGAAGAAUUGGCAAAGUUCUUAGGACGCCGUUAUGGCGACCCAGUUGCAAGGGAACAGCUGAUUUUAACUUGCGGCGCCACGCAUGGUCUUCAGCUUCUUCUGUGUAGUAUUCUCUCGUCAAACGGCGUUAUUUUUGUAGAGGAAGUGACGUACAUGAUUGCCCUGGACGCCUUCAAUCAAUUUCCGCUCAUGCGGAUAGUCAUAGUACCGAUGAAGGAUGACCUGGUGGACCUUGAUGAGAUGGAGAAGAUCCUCCAGGUGGAAAGAAAAGGCAAUUACUUCUUGAACAAGGAUAAAAUAUUCUGGGGGAUGUUUUACACGAUUCCAACAUAUCACAAUCCUACAGGAAUGACUCUUCCUCCAGAGGAUUGUAAACGCCUGGUGAAAAUUGCACGUGAAAAUUCUAUAGUUGUUGUUUGUGAUGAUGUUUAUAAUCUUCUUCACUACGGGGAUGGUCUUCCACCACAUAGAUUGUUUUAUUAUGAUAAUCCUAAGGAUCCUGAUUACAAGGGUGGUAAUGUCAUCUCCAAUGGAUCCUUUUCAAAGAUCCUAUUCCCAGCUAUACGUUUGGGUUGGUUGGAAAGCAGUCAUCGUAUUACUGAGAUUUUGAAAGCUUCAGGAAUCUUAAAGAGCGGUGGAGCAGUCAAUCAUUAUAUUUCUGGAUUGAUUACCAGCUUAUUGCAGAUGAAUAUAGAGGAUGAGUACUUGGAUAGUCUUGUCACUUUAUAUAAGGAACGUUUGAACGCACUUUGUGACGUCUUAGACCGAUUCUUGCCAAAAUGUUGUUCCUAUCGGAGACCUCAAGGUGGAUAUUUUGUUUGGAUACAUUUACCAUUAGGUGUUGAUGCAGCCAAAUUCAUUCCCUGGUGUCAGGAGGUUUAUAAAGUUUCUGCUAUACCCGGUUCACGAUUUUCAAAUACUAAAAAAACCAAAAACUUCUUAAGACUGAGCAUUGCUUUUCAUCCGACAGAAAGACUUACUGCAGCAGGCAAAGCUUUGUGCGAAGCACUUUUGCAGUAUAUCAGAUCACAGACUGACACAUCUGAAGCUUCAACGUGCCUUUGAUAGUAAUGAUUGUAUAUUAAUGGGUAUAGUGCAAUUUCUGUCAUUGCCCAUACUUGACAAAACUUUACUGACAAUGACAAAAUUCUGGGCAAUGACAGAAGUAUUAGAUGGAAUGGUACCAUCCUCACUGCUCACCAUCCAAAUACAUAAACAGUGUUCAUACAACUACUGAGAGAAGCUGCAACGACAAAAGAUGCACUGUAAUGAUCUUCAACAAAUGCUUUAAGAUAAUUCAAAAGAUGCAAUUAAUAUUUAUUUGCACUAACACAGUGAAUGAUGUAAAUCUGAUUUAGAGAAAACCGAGAUAAAAAAACUUUAUUAUUGAAUAAUAAUGUUUACUGCGCAAAACCAUA